AUGACUGGGUCCACAGGCGUCCAAUUCCUGGACAACACAACCAUCCACGAUCUAUUGAUCAAUCUAUCCCGGGAUGAGGCAAUCAACCUUCGAAAUGUCAUGGAGCGAACAUUUGAAGAUUUCUCCGUCGGAGGUGAACGUCAAUAUCAAUCACAGCCAAGCUUCACCAACCGUCCAAAUGGUCAAAGUACUCUAUUCAGACCUUUCACAUCGAAUGACAGCGUGGGAACUAAGAUCAGCGUCGAGCCAACGCCUGAUCCUGAUGGCAAAAAGGGUGCCCUCCACGGCGUCAUAGUUCUCUGCGACGGUAACGGUAUUCCGACGGGUCUGCUCAGCUCCGAGGAAGUCACCGGGUAUCGUACCUCGAUGAACGCAAUGGUCCCCUUUUCUUGGAGAAAGCAUGUUGACGACAUUGUCAUCUUCGGGAGUGGGAUGCAGGCGUUAUGGCAUACUCGACUCAUACUCACACUCCGAGGAUCCGAAGUGAAGAGGAUCACAUAUGUCAGCUCUGGAAAACACCGAAUUGAUGAGUUGAUUCUCAAAGUUUCGAGGGAGAAUGGGACGCGCUGGAAUUCAGAGUGUGUCUUUGAUUUUAUCGGCAAUACCACGUCCGACUUCCAACAGAGGCUGGAAGCGCGCCUGCGAGGCGCUGAUUGUAUAUUUUGCACGACGCCGUCCAAGAAGCCUCUUUUCCCGAUGGGCUAUCUUGGGGAACGUGAUGGCCGACGCCCCUUUAUCUCUGCUGUUGGCUCCUGGCAGUCGGAUAUGAUCGAAUUGGACCCUGCGCUUUUGCAUCUUGCUGUCGCUCCGAAUUCUGGAUAUAACCCGAUCACUCAGAAAGACGAUGGGGUGAUCCUCGUUGACGAUCGCGAGUUCGGCCUAACAAAUUCUGGAGAGCUAGUCCAGGCAGAAAUAGCGGCGAGAAAUGUUGUUGAGCUUGGCGAGGUAAUCUCCAUAAUGGGGAAGGAAAAAGCCGACUUCGCGAGUGCGCGGAUUGCAAAGACCAAGGAGUUCAUAUCAGAAGGGUUUGUUAUUUAUAAAAGUGUGGGCGUGAGUCUCACAGACUUGACGAUUAGCAAUGCCAUUCUCCAGAUAGCAAGGGAAAAGACAGAGCAGCCUCGUAAUCGUUGA